UGAGCCACAUAAAGGCCAUGCUGGGCAGAGAAAGGAAACACACAGAGCAGCCGGAGGGAGGCGUAAGAGGCCAUGGGGGAGGCAGAAGAGAAGUAGUCAAGACAGUCAAGACGACCAGACCCAGGAGAGCAAGGAAAAUACUCAAUUAGGAACUUGAGAUUCUAAGAGGAAUCAGAAGUAGAAGAGAUGGCUCCCAAGCCCAAGCCCAAAGAGCCUGCGAAACCACCGGCCAAAGCAGACGCCGCAAAGGACCCAGCCAAGGGCCCCGAUCCAGCCAAGGGCCCCGAUCCAGCCAAGGGCCCCGAUCCAGCCAAGGGCGCAGCAAAGCCCCCAAAGAAAUCAAUAUUUCAGAAAAUCCCUCCAAAGUUCAUAGCGUGGUGCAUCUUCACGUUAACCAUCUUGCUUUUCAUCCUCUUCAUAAUAUUACUCGUCCUCUACCUUCAGCUGGCCUUAGCAAAAAGGAAUCCUGCUGAGGCCAAACUAGUCAUAUUGAGGAAAAGUAUGUCGAGAGGGCUAAAAAACCCAAAACUCAAGCACGCAAACCAUGCCAGAGUAGCACAAGAUGUAGUGCAGUUGCCGAAGUACAUAGUGGACUCUAACAAUGACUACAACGAACGGAAAGCAAAAUACCAAAUCAUCUACAGAAAAGGAAAACUGAGGUCGGCUGAGACGUGGCAGAUUUUUGAGAAGAACAUCUACUAUAUUUCCAAUACAGAGAAGACUUGGUUUGAUGCGGAGAACUAUUGCAAGAUCCGAGAUUCCCACUUGGCUUCCAUCUUAAAUGAAAAAGAGCAGUUUUUCAUCGGCAAUCUGUUCGGUCAGCCUGCUUGGAUCGGUCUUACAGAUGAAAACGUGGAAGGUGACUGGGUUUGGUCCGACGGCUCCCUUGUGCUAACGAAGUUUUGGGCCCAAGGACAUCCCAGAACCCAUGAGAACGGCACCAAUAUGGACUGCGCUUUCAUCAAUCCCUCGUUAGGGAAGAACAACUGGAAUGACGCCGACUGCUUUGAACUGAAAAAAUGGGUUUGCAAAGAGAGCCUGGAUAAUGAUAAUGACUAUCCCCUUGGCCAAACCCGCCCCAUGCCAGAACUAUAAUGCCCUAGGUAGCAAGCUGUUCUAGCAGGAAAUCUAGACAUCGCAGAGUAAACAUGGAAUACCUCUA